UGCUGUUGAGGUCGCCCAUAGCAGCAAUCGGCAAACGACCAGACCGAGCUCCAACAGGCAACAGGCCCAACACGACUGAGAGGAGACGUCCCCUCCCUCGCUCCUCUAGUCCUCCCCCCGCCCCAGUCACCACCCCCGCGCGAAUCUUUUUUCCUCUUGACCGCGCUCCUAAAUCCGCGCCAAAUCGUCAAACCAAUCAGACCGCUCCCGCCUCGUCAGUCCUCGCUCGCAGGCCGAGCUCCGGAUCCCCCUGUCGGCGGCAAUGGCAGACUCCGCCUGCGAUGACGCCGUGGAGCAGCUCGCGGCCCUCCUGGACCAAGUGGAGGCGCCGCUGAAGAAGACAUUUGAGAAUGUGCACCAGGGUUACCCAACAGAGACACUAGUGCGCUUCCUUAAAGCUAGAGAGUGGCAUGUGAAUAAGGCUCAAAAGAUGCUUGUAGAUUCUUUGAAUUGGAGGAUACAAAAUGAAAUCGAUAGUAUACUGGAGAAACCUAUUAUCCCAGUAGAUUUGUAUAGAUCAAUACGUGAUACACAGCUUGUUGGAUUAUCAGGAUACUCCAAAGAGGGCAUUCCUGUAUUUGCAGUUGGUGUUGGAUUGAGCACAUAUGAUAAAGCUUCGGUUAACUACUAUGUGCAAUCUCAUAUUCAGAUCAAUGAGUAUCGUGAUCGUUUUAUUUUGCCUACGGUGACAAAGAAGUAUGGGAAGCCUAUCACCACCUGUAUAAAGGUUCUUGAUAUGACUGGUCUGAAAUUGUCAGCACUAAACCAAAUGAAGAUUGUGACUGCAAUAUCUACCGUUGAUGAUUUGAAUUAUCCUGAAAAGACUGAGAUGUAUUAUAUAGUAAAUGCUCCAUAUAUAUUUUCUGCGUGUUGGAAGGUUGUGAAGCCUCUGUUGCAAGAGAGAACAAGAAAGAAGGUUCAUGUUUUGCGUGGUUGUGGAAAAGACGAGCUUCUGAAGAUCAUGGACUACUCUUCCCUUCCCCAUUUCUGUCGAUGGGAGGGUUCGGGUGCAUCCAAACAUGCAUCAAACGACCCCGAUGACUGCUUCUCUCUUGACCACCCCUUCCACAAAGAGCUCUACAACUUCAUCCAGGAGCAAGCACUGAACCUGGAGCUCAUCAAGCAAGGCUCCUUGCACGUGAAAAUCCCCGAGCAGGAUCCUGAGGAUGCUAAGAUCGUGGAGGUCAUUGAGGCUGAGUUCCACAAGCUCGGUGUGGAGAAAAAGUCUGCCAACGGCGUCGACAAAGACUAGCACUCGCCUAAUAAUACAGCCUGAUUCCGCUAGACAUCGCUGGCUGUUUCUGAUCCAACUGAUCCUAUUUUUCCUUGGCCACCCCCAUUGGCCAUCGCUGUUUCCUGGGGGUGAAUAUAGGUGACAUAUAGAAAAAUCUUUUGCUGUUCCAUCCAUGAUGCAGGACUGAGGCAACAGGAUUGAUACUGUAUGGCCCUACUAGAUAGACAUAAUCACCUGUCACCAGUUGUAAACCUGCAAUGUGUUCUCACAUGUACUCUGAACUUCGAAGAUGAUAUCAAUAAACCAUCCUAGUACCUGCACUUUGAGAUCAGCUUCA